CACUAAUCCACAAUCCUAAAAUAACUGCCCAAUAAGACUCAUGAAAGAAAAAGAAAUUUAAUUAAUUAAAAUAAAACUAAACUGUCAGGGCACCAGUGAUUCAGUUCAUCUUCUUCCUACUCCAUAUGAUCCUUUCUUUUGGUCCCCUUAUUCAAUUCUUGGAGCUGCUAAUCAAUAAUCCCAUGGCUGAUUCAUGUUCACUGUCUUCUUUCACAGUUCUUUUCCACAAGUUCCCCAGCUCUAGAUGAAUGAUCUUCAGCUUCUUCUUCUUCUUCUUCUUCUCCAUCUACCCUUUUAAGCAGCAACCAAGAAUUGGCAGCCAUGUUUGAUAAGCUCUUUGGGUGGAGAAAAGCUUCCAAAUGCAAGAAGUUGAUUGGGAGGGUGCAGUGCAGGCUGAAGCUGCUGAAGAACAAGAGAAGUUGCAUUGCAAGACAGUUAAGGGAGGAUUUGUGUGAGCUUCUCAGAGAUGGACAUCAUCAGGUUGUGUUUGACAGGGUUGAGCAGCUGUUUAUGGAUGAAAAUCUGCUGGCAGUGUAUGAACUGUUGGACAAUUACUGUGAAUUUAUCAUAAUUAAUCUUCCCUACAUCCGCAAGAACAAAGACUGUCCUAAUGACAUCAACGAAGCAGUGUCGACUCUCAUAUAUUCGUCAGCCAGAUUGGGUGAUCUGCCAGAGCUUCUGUUGAUAAGGAAGCUCUUUGCAGAACGUUAUGGCCAGAAAUUUGCAGCAGUGGCUCUUGAUCUGCUCCCUGGAAAUCUCGUGAAUCGCCAGAUAAAAGAGAAUCUGGCAAUCAGGUCUGUCUCAGAUGAUGUGAAGUAUAAAUUAGUGGAUGAAAUUACCAGGAGUUGCUUCCAGCAAGGGCCUUUGCUCCUUGGAUACACUUCUGAAUGGCAAAAACAGGAAAAUGAUGUUCAGAACAGUGACAGUAAAGAUGAGCAGAAGGGUUCCGAGGCUGCUGCAGAGACAGAACGAAAGGUUGUGUCGAUCGAUGGCUCAUCAGAAUCAAAGAAAUGGUUGAAGCCUGCUGGGGAAUUCCCAGGUUUGGGAGAAAAAAAGUGGGGUAGAGCUGCCACAUCUUCCCCAGAAAGUUUCGGGAAAUUGCAGGAGGAAAUGGUGUAUCUUGACGACAUUGCAGAGUUCGAAUCGAGUGUGAGCAAAGAUGCAUACUUGCAGGAUCAAAGGCUGUUCAUGUUCAACCCAUCUCCGGAUUCAAAGACAGAAACCUUAAAUGCAGAGACUAAAUCGCGGGUUGUGAAAGGGGAGCCAAGAAAGCUCAGGAAUGGUUCUGCUAAGAAGCUGAGCAGGAGAUCGGUCUCUCGGGAGAUUAGAGACAUUCAAACCGCGAUAUACUAUGGGAAGUCAUUCCAGAAUUAUAAUGGCAAGGCAAGGCAUCAUAUGAAGAUUUUAGUCAAGGACAGAAAUAGAUCAUCAUAUUCUGCAGAUCAAGAAAGUAUAUAUGAGCCUUGCCUCUUCACUUUUAUAGUGUACAAACAUUUCGACAGGGAAUCAGAUGGAGGCGUGGCGAGUGGAGAAGACAGUUCCGAUUCAUCAUCUGCAGAAAACAUUGAUUCUUGGAAGAGAAAACAUAAAUAUCAGCCACCAUAUGUCUGCAGGGCAGUAACUAUGCCCCCCGAAAGGCCUAAAGAGAGUGUCGUUAUGGACAGCAUUACUCGAUCCAAUUCGUUCCCAGUUCAACAGCCGGAUCACGUUCAUCCAAAGCUCCCGGAUUACGACGAAAUAGCAGCUAAGUUCUUGGCUCUCAAGAGAGAAAAAAUCCAGAACAAAUGCCACCUGCAGAAUUAAUGCUUAGCUUGCUGGACUAGAGAGCAUUAUGUUGUGUUUUUCUGCACUUUCAUUGGUUUGUUCUAUUCUUUGUUCUUCUUUUACAGAUAGGGUCAUAUUGUGAUUUAUAUAUACAUCAGGAAUUUGGGAUUUUUCAUGUAAGAAAACAUUUGCAUGAACAUAUAUAAUCCAAAUCAUAAAUCAUCAA